CACAUUUUCCGGAGGCCGGUGCAUGGAAUUCGUCAGGUCAGUGGCUGCUCAUAGUCAUCAAGGAAUUCCAUUAAGUAGGUCAAAAUCUUAAAGACAUUUCUAGGGUGGAGGGACCUCUUCUGUUUCCGAGACAAUUUCAUUUUAAUUUUGCACAAAAGAUGUAGUUUUAACAAAAAAAGUCUGUGAGCAAAAAAUGACGUAGAUUUGUUGCACCGUUGAAACGCCUAUGAGACGUUGAAAUGCAUGAAUACAGAGUGAAGUCAAGAAGCCCUUAUGCACCAAUUGAGAAAAACAUGGCCAGAUUUGCUUUUCCGUGUUAGGACUCAAGAGUGGUUAAAACUAUCACAACAGUCAUGAUAGUUUAUUUAAAAUCUUAAUAUUGCUGGCAUAAUGCUGAUUAUUAAAACAGACUAUGCCAUUCUUCUCAGCACAUUGAAUAUACAUGAUCCAAAAACUAAGUCGAUUUGAAUAUCUAAAGAAAAUAUAUCGAUAUCUCACAUGACGACGAAAAAAAAAAAAGACAAAUGCAAUCACCAAACGUUGAUAACUGAUUUUCUAACCAAUUUCAUCAUUACAAGUCUAUAGUAUCCUGUUUACGAGCUCUAUUGUCACAGGGCCUAGGGCACAGAUAAACAGUAUUACAUCAUUCAUAGACGCCUCACAGGUGUACGGCUCGGAGACAACUCAAGCAUCAGGUCUCAGAUCUGGAGGUACGGGUUCGUUCAUCGAUUCUCAAACUAUCACCUUUGGCACUAUGACAAAUAGAUGCUUUCAUUUUUUAUUUUUUUAUUUCUAAAGUUACAAACUUGUAUUCAGAAUUCUAGUAAAAGGAAAAAAAAAUAACAUGACUAUAAAUUGAAAUUUUACCAUGCUCACACAAACAUGAUCCAUGUUGUAGACUGUUUAAUGUACUACUAUUUACAUAAGUAGUUCAAUGGCUUCGUUUAGUAUAGUGGUAAUUUGUGACAACACAAAAAUAAAUAUUUUUAUUUAAAUAUACGGUUUAACCGGGUGCAGUUGUUUUUUUACGCCUGGUCCGGUUGUUUUGAGAAAAUCCCUGCUAGGUCCAAGUGUUACACACAAAAAAAGAUGGUUCGCGUCUCAUUGUCUAUAAUGUGUGCCAGCAUGUAAACAAUAGGCCCACAGACAGUCCUACACCAUAACUGUCUACCUGUAAACAAUAGGCCCACAGACAGUCCUACACCGUAACUGUCUACCUGUAAACAAUAGGCCCACAGACAGUCCUACACCAUAACUGUCUACCUGUAAACAAUAGGCCCACAGACAGUCCUACACCGUAACUGUCUGCCUGUAAACAAUAGGCCCACAGACAGUCCUACACCAUAACUGUCUACCUGUAAACAAUAGUCUUACAGACAGUCCUGCUCCAUACCCGUGCCUCUUUAUUGAUUAAUACAAUAGUCACCUCCGUAUGUAAAGACCAUCAUAUAAGGUCGUUGAUACAUGUAUGUACACGUUUAUUGAUCAGAAACAAAACUUCUUCUACCAGGUUAUCUUUUGAAAACUGGUGAACACGGAACAUUACCAAAGUCUGCGACGCAUAACUGCGUUUUGAGACCGAAUUCAACUGAUUAUUGCCAGUUGGCAGGUGAUUAAAAAGAUACAUAAAUUCUUUUGUUCCCCAGUCUGUGCGAAUUACCAGCGUGCUCCAUAGCUAUUACCAGACCUAAAUGAUCACUAAUUCAGUCAUUUUUGUCACUUAUGGAGUUCUUUUAAGGUUGAUUUCUACGCCAGAGAAACGCUUUAGAUGUCGUGCGUUUAAAUUGUUAUAAUUGUUAAAUGUGUGUCUUGGUUAAAAAUAUGUAAUUAUUUGUGUGUUUAAAAUGAAUAUAUACAAUUUAAUAAUAAUAAAAAAGCAAUAAAUAGUCUUAUGUUUUCUAUUUAAUACAAAAUGAAGUAUGACCAAACAUUAGUAAUUCCUGAUUUCAGAAAAAAGAUUUUAAACGAUUAUUUCACGUAAAUAUAUAGACUAUAUCGGUAUUUAAAGUUAUACCGAAAUAAACAUACAUUUAUCUUAUUAACUUUCAAUAUCUGUUCACUUACUUUCUACCCGUGUUCCAUCUAACGUCAUCCAGCUGACACUACCGCCAAGGCGACUCAAGGGUCAAUGAACAACCUGGCCUGUGCGUUCUUCACACCUUGUGGCUCCGUGAGCACAAUAGAAUCUCCAAGCAGCUCAGGACUCUCAACUUUAAAAGCUCAGAUGAGGAGAUCUUUCAAGUCGCCCGCAAGAUUAUUGGAGGUAAAUAAUCGUCUGGGAAUGUCGGCAAGUGCAGUCUUGAAGAUUUGAGAGUUUUAUUAUAGUGUAUGCGUUUUGUUUGAACUACUGAAAAAAAACAACAAAAAAAAAACACAUAAACCUAAGAAUUUUUUAAAAAGUCUGUUGUUUUGGUUUUUUUUUGGUUGCAACACACAUUAAGAUAAUUUAUAGAUUUUAAUCAAAAUAUCAUUGCCCACGGUAUCAAGGGUGAAUGGCAAUAUUUAUGACUUAUUGACGCAAAGGAAAAUGCUAUUGUAGUGAGAAUGAAUUCAGUUUUUUUUUAAAUCGUAGAAAACGCCUUUUUCACUAACUCUAUUUUGAAAGUGACCAAGCUCACAGGCUCGAAAUUUACCUCACACGUAAACACUAUCGGGAAUUUUAAUAGGGGAUCUUUGAUAUUGUACCAGAUUGCUACGUUUCGCACAAUUAUUGUUGUGCAUUACCCACCAACUCACUUUUUAAACUUUUGACAUUUGUAUAUACAAUACACAAUUUAUUUUUUCCUCCAAACCGCACUUUGGACAUGUUUGUCUCAUAAAUGAAAUAAAAUAAACUCUUUUAGUCCGUUUUUAAAAUGGUUUUAACCCUUAUAAUCAACGCCCAAACCUAUACAAAAAUAAUGAAAAUCAGAAUUAGACUAGUCGGUUAGAUUGGAGUGAAACCAUCGCGGAGGUUCACAUUAUUGAUAGGAGAAUGCGGAAAACGCGCUGACUGAAUUAACACUAAUUAACUAUGAUAUCAGGUAUCGGGCAAAAGCUAUCUUCGAACGGUCCGCAAAUGGCCCGCGGACCGCGAGUUUGAGACCCCUGCCUUAAAUGGACAAGAUUGACAGAUGAUAUGAAAUCAUUUCCCCACAUUUUUAACAUUACUUACACCUACGCCUUAGAGCAAAUCAUCAAUUACAACGAGUACCUGCCCAUUAUUCUUGGGAAAGACGCCCACAGUUGGAAUCUGAUGUCAAAGGUCGGGAGGACGGCCUAAAACCCUGCCCUUGACCCCAGCGUCUUCAUCGAGUUUUCAACGGCUGCCUUCAGGUUUUAUUUCUUACUGUUACAUUUGCACCCCCCCCCCCCAAUUUCACACACACACACUACAAAUUAAAUCUCACAAAUAAUGUGUAGAAUGACCGUAUUGGAUUAUUGAAAAUAGCUGCACCAUUAAUAUUUUGUAUUUUAACUAUAUCAUUUUCCCAAUAUUAGCAACGAAACACAGAUGCAUUGUUUUUUUUUGUUUUUUUGUGUUUUUUUUUUUUUUUUGGUAACUAGAACGAACAAAGUUUAUCUUAAUAUGAAACGCUAUUUAUGACAGAUUCUGCCAAGCCACCAUACCAGACUUUCUCCCUUUUUCUGACAAAGUGGUCCUAUUAUUGAAAAUAGCUGCACCAUUAAUAUUUUGUAUUUUAACUAUAUCAUUUUCCCAAUAUUAGCAACGAAACACAGAUGCAUUGUUUUUUUUUGUUUUUUUGUGUUUUUUUUUUUUUUUGGUAACUAGAACGAACAAAGUUGAUCUUAAUAUGAAACGCUAUUUAUGACAGAUUCGGCCACGCCACCAUACCAGAGGUUCUCCCUUUUUCUGACAAAGUGGUCCGAAUGAGACACCUGUUCCACAGGUAUUCUAGAAAAAUAUUAGGAUAUGUAGAUGCUAAUUGACACUAUUAUUAAUAUAUAGGAUAAGGAACCAGGUAUAAGUUGGGAGAUUCGGCCACGCCACCUUACCAGAUCCUCUUUCUUUUUCUGAUGAACUUGUCAAAAUGAGAGACCUGUUCCACAGGUAUUUCUAGAAAAAUAUUAGGAUAUGUAGAUGCUAAUUGACACUACUAUUAAUAUAUAGGAUAAGGAACCAGGUAUAAAUUGGGAGAUUCGGCCACGCCACCUUACCAGAUCCUCUUUCUUUUUCUGAUGAACUUGUCAAAAUGAGAGACCUGUUCCACAGGUAUUUCUAGAAAAAAAAUGUUAGGCUAUGUAGAACAUCUUCGGCACUAUUAUUAAUUAACAUUACAAGAGGCCUUGGUAUAAAUUUGUAAUCUGCUGUCGUGCUUUUAACUUCAUUGUUUUGUGGCUCCGUUCAUAAGAAUUUUUUUUUUUUUUCCAAAUGAUUAAAUUUGAAAAUUUGUCUAUACUUAAGAAAGAAUGAGACAUUAUUUAACGUUAACCCAGCCUGGAAGCAGCUGUGAUGUACUGGACGGGGGUUGUUAUUUCAUUUGUAUUUUUAAUUUUUUUAUUUUUAAAUUCUAAAAUCUGAAAUUUGGUUUCCUUACCAAAAACUCUGACAAAGUCUCCCCCUCCUUUAAUAUAGAUAACCUUUUCAAAUUGUCUGUAUCACUGGGUCCCAGACGUACAAUGCAGCUAAUUAUUAGAAUAAUAUCUGAAAUUUGGUUUCCUUACCAAAAACUCUGACAAAGUCUCCCCCUCCUCUCCCCCCCCCCCCAGUACUUUCCUUAGUUUUAUGGAAGACUUCUUAUGCCUGUUUGAUGUAAUCAUUUUAAAAGUUUAAUUUUGUUUUAUAGUUUCAUUUGAAUAUGGUUCGAAAUUGUUAACAUUUAAAAUUAAAACACGAACUUGAUAGUACUUUAAAAAAAAUAUUUUUUUUCAUUGAAAUAAAAUUAUUUCUUGGAUAAUUUAAGACAUUGCAUACAUAAAAAUAGCACCGAAGCGAACCAUUACUGUUACAUGCAAUUUUUUGUUGUUGUAUUUCUAGGCCCGCAGAAUGUUUAAAUAAUUUUGAAGGCAUCAUGGCUGGUCUUGCAGCGGUAGUAAACAAACAAUACAAACGAGCGCUGAAAAAGGUUGACAGAAAUGUUGGCAAGUUAAAUCUAUUUCUCUAUAUAAAUAUAUCUAUAUCUAUACCUAUAUCUAUAUCUAUAUAUGUAUAUAUAUAUAUAUAUAUAUAAUUUUAAAUUAGAUAUUAAUAAACAAAAUAAAAAACCUUUUUUUUUUAUAUUGGAACGUUCCUUAAUAAUACAAAUCCACCUUUAAUCAAGCUGAAGCUUGUUCUAAUAAUUUAAGUGCCAUUUUAUCUGGAACAGAUACUUUCAAUUAUGCCCCCCCCCCUUUUUUUCCACACACACACAUUUUUUUCACCCCCUCCACCCUAUAUUUUUAGAAAAAACUUAUUUUCAUUGUUCACUGUGCUAUAUUAUUGAACGAAUUUGAUAAACUUGUUCUGAUUAUUUUGGAAUAUAUUUUUUUAAAAAUAUGAAAUAGAUUGAAUUAAUAUGAAAUAGAUUGAAUUUAUAUGAAAUAGAUUGAAUUAAAAUAAAAUAGAUUGAAUUAAAUAUGAAAUAUAUUGAAUUAAUAUGAAAUAGAUUGAAUUAAUAUGAAAUAGAUUGAAUAGAAUAGUUCAGGUCACGUGUAUGGUCGUGGGACUGGAAACAGAAAGUAGAGCUCUUUAAGUGCUGUCUUCUGAUUGGUUGGGGAAAUGAAAAGAAGAACCUGUGUGCUAUUCGUUUCUAUCAUGUCACGGGGCAUGUUACCAUAAAAGUUUUGGGAAGGGAGACACCCCGUAACCCCCACCCCCCCACCCACUUUUAGAUUUAAAAAAAAAAAUUAAGAAGCAAAAUAAUUUUCUGGGGAAUGGAGAUCCAUCUCCAUAACCCCUCCCCUGUUCCAUCACAUUUUUUUCUUUUUUUAAAAAUGAGGACAAUUGAAUCAAAUAAACGUAAAGCUAAACAAACAAAAAAUUUUUUUGAAUAUGAAAAUAUUGCCAUGAGCUUAUAAACUGUGGAAGACGUCGCUGGCCUUACCGCUAACCCAAUACCAGCUGUUCCUCGCUUGUAGUGAGAUAUAUCCAUUGAAAGAUGGUCUCUCCUCCAUGUUACAGUCAGGGAAGUCAGCCGGUUCUUAUUCGAGGCCGCAGCCUUCCCUGGCCGAAAACUCGACCUUGCAUCACUAAACAUCCAACGUGGCCGUGACCAUGGCCUUGCUCCGUACAUCAAGUACCGGACCUUCUGUGGCCUCCCGCCUGUCAAAGGUUUUGAUGACCAGGAGGCUCUAGGUCCAUAUGUUCGCGAUCUGGCCAAGGUUUACAGGUUUGUAAAUAUCUAGUGCAAGUAAAGGACAAGAAGACAUCCAGUUCAUGUGCAGAUGAAGCAGUUGGGAGGGGAUUUAAAAAAGAGAUAUAAUUUUAAAGCAUCCAGGUGGGAAUACUCGCGUCUGCCCACCCCCACACUUUUUUCCCAUACACACAGAUUCACCCAUAAAUUGACUCUGAUGGUAAAUUCAACCAUAAAUUUAGUCUAAUGGUAAAUUCAACCACAAAUGCAGUCAAAUGGUAUAUUAUUCAGCCAACAUUUUUAGUCUCAUAGUAAAUUCAACCAUAAAUUUAUUCUGAUGGUAAAUUCAACCAUAAAUUCAGUCUUAUAUUAAAUUCAACCAUAAAUUCACUCUGGUGGUAAAAUCAGCCAUAAAUUCAGUCUGAUGGUAAAAUCAUCCAUAAAUUCAGUCUGAUGGUAAAAUCAUACAUAAAUUCAGUAUGAUGGUAAAAUCAUACAUAAAUUCAGUCUGAUGGUAAAAUCAGUCAUAAAUUCCGUCUGAUGGUAAAAUCAGCCAGGCAACACAACUUUCAGACACAAUACAUUUGUUGCAGUUAAUAUAUCGUCCCCAGGUCCAUUGCUGAUAUUGACCUGUUUGUCGGGCUGUUGUAUGAACCUGUCAAGGGGGACGCUUCUGUCGGGUCAACACUCACGUGUUUGCUUGGGAUACAGUUCUUCAGUUUGAAAUUCGGAGACCGAUUUUUCUUCGAUACUACAGAUGAAACCUUGGGAUUCAAUGAUGGUAGGAUGGUACAUAUAUUACGAUUCAAUGAUGGUAGGAUGGUACAUAUAUUAGGAUUCAAUGAUGGUAGGAUGGUACAUAUAUAACGAUUCAAUGAUGGUAGGAUGGUACGCUUAUUAGGAUUCAAUGAUGGUAGGAUGGUACAUAUAUAAGGAUUCAAUGAUGGUAGGAUGCUGAAAAUAACUUUAAAAAAGGGGAUGCAAUAACGAUGGCAUACAUUAAUUUAAUGGUGGUAGGAGUAUAAACAAAUUAAUGCACGUUUUGAUUUUAUCAAUUUUAUCAUCGGGGAGGAGGGGGGGGGCGGGUUGUCACCUUACGUACUGCACUCUCCAAUCCGGGAAGUUAUACCAAAAAAUAUGCUGGCUUUUUAAAUUAUUUUUAUCAGAACAACUUUUAUCGUUGCGGAACAUGACUUUGGCCAAAGUAAUGUGUCAGAAUACCAAUGUGCAAGAAUUGCAGCUUGAUGUGUUUACCCUGCCUUCAAAGUAAGUAUGCAACUCGGUGUAGUGGAAUAGACGAUCGCUUUUUUAAAUUAAAAAAACAACAACUUUCUCAACGAAUUUCAGACUUCCGAAAAUGUCAUGUUAGCUUGAGGAAUAUCCUAAAGCUGCAAUGGCGAUAAGAACCAAAAAAAUUAAUUAAAUGAAUUAUCCAUUUAGAUUGAAAUUGAUAGGGAAUAUUUGUUUGCUGAUCUUAUUUUGAAAUCUCACUCAGAAAAUGAGUUCUAAAGAUAUUAGCGCGAAAAUGUCGGUUUGGCUAGUGUACUCAAAGAAUUAAAAUUAAAUUAUCGUGCCUGCAAUGGGGGAGGUUGGGGUGUGGAAGGGGGGGUGUCCAGCAGAAAUGAAUAACUUGCGAAAAUAGUAAAGACGAAAUAAAUAUCCAUCACUUUACCUAACACAAUAAAGACGUUAUUUCGAGUUAUUACUAACUGAAAAGAAUGUCACAUAUCUAGACAAUCAUAAAGAAAAGAAAAAAAAAAAGAUUUGUGCUGAAAAAAAUAAAUAAAAAUGCAAUUAAAAGAAAUUCAAGAAUGUCGACAUUAGAUGCCCGCACUGCAAAUUAGCUUUGAUGUAACGGUUUUAGGCAGUGGCACCAGAAUGCUCUGGCACCAGAAAGCAGUGGCACCAGAAUGCAGUGGCACCAGAAUGCUGUGGCACCAGAAUGCUGUGGCACCAGAAUGCAGUGGCACCAGAAUGCUGAAAGUUCAAAUGGUUCAGCAAACCUUGAAACCGAUGUUGAUAUUAAUUUUGUUGUCCCUGAAUUCCAAUAUAAAAAAAAAAAAAAAAAUUACAUGAGCUGAUUUCUUUCUUUCAGACAAAACCCUACGUACCCGUGUCAUCAGCUGCGCUCUGAGAGUCUUGACCUAACUCUUUUUACGCAGCAUGACUGACACAUAACGGGAUCAACUCACUGAAUUAUCAGCGUGGA